AGCGUAUCGACAAAUCGCGUAGCCACUAGCAACGCAAACAAGAUGGCCAUACCGAAACCCACGACGAUCAAAGAGGCGAUCAAGCGAUGGGAGGAGAAGCACCAGGAGAAGAUCUCCGAGGCCACGGAGGUGGGCUUCCAGUUCCAGUGGCCGCCGAUCGAGAAGAUGGACAACGCGCUGUCGGCGCUCGCCAACGUCAGGAAGCUCAGCCUCUCGACGAACAUGAUCGAGAAGAUCUCGGGCCUGGGCAGCCUGAAGCACAUAAAGAUCCUCUGCCUGGCGCGGAACUACAUCAAGGCGUUCACCGGCUUGGAGGGCAUCGCCGAUACCUUGGAGGAGCUGUGGAUCUCCUACAACAACAUCGAGCGCACCAAAGGCGUGGGGGUGUUGAAGAAACUGAGGGUCUUGUAUAUCGGUAACAACGUUAUAAAGGAUUGGGGAGAGUUCAACAAAUUCCAAGAUUUGAUUGCUUUGGAAGAAUUGCUGUUCGUCGGCAAUCCGCUGGCGGAGAAUACGGACGAGGCCGUUUUUAGAGCUGAAGUAGCCAAAAGGCUCCCGAAUUUGCAAAAAUUGGACGGCGAUCCCAUCAUUAGAGACGAAGAUUGAAACUACACAAUAUAUACACAU